AUGCAUUUCAUAUUCUACUUGAUUCUUUUAGUAUCUGCUGCUGAUUACGGUAACUUUGGUACAUACCCAAAAGUCCCUAAAACUGCUUCCAUUAAUGGGUUCGCAGAUCCAAUCUACGAUUUAUUACCAGACUGUGCAAAGGAAUGUGUCAAAUUCAGUACAAGUAACACCCCUUGUCCAUAUUGGGAUACAGGAUGUUUCUGCGUGAUGCCACAAUGGGCUGGUUUAGUUGGUCAAUGUGUUGCUCAAAAGUGUAAGGGUGAAGAUGUUGCUAGUGCCAGAUUCUUGGCUACUUCGUUGUGUUCAGUUGUUGGUGCUAAUACUUGGAUGAUGCCUGCUUCUAUUUCCUCGAUGCUUUCCACUGCCGCUGGAGAUGCUAAGGAAGUUACUACAAUUGAAGGGAAAACUGCUAAAUCAUGGGUUACUGCUCCAGGAAGUGCUGCUGGGAGCGUUGUUUCCGAAACUGGUAGUGCAAGUGAAACCGGCAGUUCCGAAUCGGCUCAAUCAACAACUACAGGCUCGUCAUCUACAGGCUCAUCAUCCACAGACUCCUCCUCUUCUUCUUCCUCAUCUCCUUCAUCUUCUGCUAAUUUUGCUGUUUUGCAGACAGGAGGAAUCGGAUCGGUAAUUCUUGGAUUCAUGAUGUACCUUCUUGUAUAA